AUGAGGAGUACCUGCGAGAGGUCCGAGGAGAACCAAGAGCAGGAGGUAGAGGCGGCGGCGGCCGCUGGGCAUCUUGCAGGGUUCCUGGAGGCCGAGGACGGUUCGGACGCGGAUUCGGGCUCGGACCUGGAGACGGAAGGCACCCAUGGACUUGGAAAACUGGACAGAGACACCCUCUAUCUGGGGUCUUGCCGCACCUAUAGUGUAGUGCCAGCCCCGGAGCUGAACGUGCGGCACCGUGGCCUGGGGCCCCAGGGGGUCCGGGCACUGGCUUCCACAUUGACUUCCAAUCCCUAUAUCAAGCGGCUGGACCUUCGAGACAAUGGACUCUGUGUGGCUGGUGCAGAGGCCCUGGCAGAUGCCCUGAGCAAAAACAGUAGUAUCUGUGAUGUGGAUCUGUCGGAGAACCAGCUGGGAGCAGCGGGAGCCCAGGCCCUCUGUGCUGCCUUUGCAGUGAACCAGGCUGUGCAGAAGAUCCAGCUGUCAGGGAACGGCCUGGAGGAGCAGGCAGCCCAGUACCUUGCUGAACUACUCCUGGCCCACACAGGCCUGAAAUCCCUGGACCUGAGCUAUAACCAGCUGAGUGAUCAAGCAGGAGAGAUGCUUGGACCAGCCCUGGCAGAAAACACAGGACUCACUGAACUUAACAUGAGCUGGAAUCACCUCCGAGGCCCAGGAGCUGUAGCAUUUGCCAGGGGACUGGAGGCUAACAUUUUCCUGAAAGUCCUGGACAUCUCAUACAAUGGUUUUGGAGAUCUAGGAGCCUCUGCAGUGGGUGAGGCCCUCAAGGCCAACAAUGUGUUGGAGCAACUCAACAUGAGCAACAACCGCGUCUCUGCAGUGGGAGCCCUGAGCCUGGGCCUGGGCCUUCAGGCCAACCAGACACUGAGGAUUCUCAUUGUGUCCAGGAAUCCCAUGCGAUGUGAAGGCUGCUUUGGUCUUCUCAAGUCUGUCCAGGACAAUCCAGCAUCUGCUCUGGAACUUCUGGAUUUCUCUGAUAUCCAGGUGAACAGAGAGUUUGAUGACCUCGCUAGCUCGGUGAAGGUAAUUCUUCCAGGGCUUUCCGUAAAGACUGGUGCUCGCCGAGUGGAAUAUAAAAAAGAGUUGCUGCCAGUCCUCAGACCAUUCCUACCAGCGUCUGCCCCUAAAUGACU